UUGACCCAGAGAUGACCCCUGCUCUGCAAACUGGACUGCUGCUCUUCUCAAUUGCGGUGUUGUGUGAGACUGAGCCCACUGCAGACAGAGCGGGGGACACACAGGAACCAGCUUCUCUGGUCCACCUGACAUCACAGUGGGCAUUUCAGCUGAUCAACACGUCCCUGCCCUUCUCCAGAGCCCAGAGCGUGUGCAGAGGACACUUCAGCAGUCUGCCCACUUCAGACCAGGAGGAGGAGCAAGAUGGCCUCCGUGAGCUGCUCCAACAGACCGGAGUCAUCUCACCAAUCUGGAUUCAGGAUUCAACCAAAGCACCUUCAAAACCACAGGCUCUGUCCAAACAAUAUUUGAAGUUCUCUGCAUUGAACUUCCCAAAGGAGUCUCGUGAUGGCUUUGCACGGAUCAACUUCACAUUCCCAUCCCUGUCCUCCAUCAGCGUCUGUGUGCGUGUGCAGUGGGACCUCCAGUGGAGCGAAGUGUCCACCAUCUUCUCUUACGCCGCUGCCGUCUUCACCAACGAAUUCCAGCUCCGCAGCCAGGUCGACAGCCAGGGCCGAAUCCUGCUAGCUCUCAUAAUCCAUGGAAAACACAUGCCCUACAAGGCCUCAUUCUCAAACGACGGAGCGUGGCAUCACAUCUGCGUUACCUGGACCCAAGCUAGUGAACAGUGGGUGAUCUACGUGGACGGGGAGAGAAAGGACGCAGGGAGUGGAGCAGAGACGUCCAGGGAUAUACAUGGUGAUGGGAUUUUCAUUCUGGGGCAGGAUCAGGACUCAUUUGGAGGGAAUUUUACCGAGCCGUUUUUUGGGAAUAUCACGGAUUUGAAUGUGUGGAAUACGUCUCUAGAGGCGAGGCACGUGCGGGCGCUCUAUGGGUGCGCGUCGGGGUCACAUGAGGUGUUCUUCAGCUGGAGUUUGGAGUACCUGAUCAGGCAUGAGGUGGUCAGAGAGAUGGAGGCUCUGCUCUUCUGUCCAGGAAAGGACCAGCAGAUGGAGCUCCAGGGCUGUAGGACGCUGCAGGGAUGGUCCAAUCAGCAGCCAGUGUUCAGCCUCAUAGAUUGUUCUGAGCCACUGCCUUUUAUCUGCAGAAGCAACAAAGAGCGUUUCCUGAAGUUGAAGAUGAUCAGUGACGUGAGAGACAGUCAGCCCACAGCCCUCUUCAGCCACAUCCUCACACACUCUAACAAAACACAGGUGUCGGCCCCCUCUAGCCUGAUGGAGGCCUCUGUCCAGCUGGACUCGUGUGUGCAGGCCCUGGAGCAGACGGAGGAGGAGGGGCUUCAGCCUGUGGACAUGGUGUCUCUCAUACAGUUACUGUCCCAGGCAGCGGAUGUUCCACCAGAGACAGAGCUUGCACCGGCCAAUCAGAGCGAGGGGCGUGUCCAGAAGCUCAGCCGGGACUUUAUCAGUGUGGCUGACAGUGUGAUCAGCCAGGACAACGCCCACAAGUGGCAGGCCAUCAAAGAGGUGGUAAAUGGUCCCAUGGAUGUGGUGAAAAGCAUCGACCGUUUGGUGACAAGUCUAAGCUCUCAUCUGAUCGCCGAGAAUCCACACGUGACCAUCCAGAGCCCCAACAUCAAGGUGGAGGUGCAGCAGCAGAAACUGGACCAGGGCUGGACUGGACCAAACUUCUGUGGCCCAGACUCAGACCCAAACGCUGCUCUGGACUGUAUCUCUGUGCCCCAACACAACAUACAAGAUCUACACAACAACGGUUUCCAAACACUCACGCUGGUCAAUACAUGGUAUGGAUCUCUGCGUCCGCUUUUCCCUCCUGAGGAAAACAUCUCCAUUGUUCCCACAGUUACCGACGGCAGCCAACGGUAUCUGGGCACAGUCCUGGGGUCAUCGGUCAUAUCCACCACAGUGUUGGGAGACGAGCAGCCAGUUAGUACUGCUGUCUACUUUCACCUACAUCACAGGACGCAGGAUCCCAGUGGUGCAGUGUAUGAUCCUGUCUGUGCUUUCUGGGAUUUUGAUCUUGCGCCAGAGUCUGGGGGUUGGUGGAACACCAAAGGCUGUGAGGUGGUGUCCAAACAUUACAGCUACACUGUUUGCUUCUGCAACCACACCACCAACUUUGCUUUGCUCCUCCAAGUUUAUGAAGUGCAGUGGAGCCCAGAGAACCAGAGAGCCCUAGAGGUGCUGACGUUUAUCGGCUGUGGAGUGUCUCUGUGCGGCCUCCUCUUCACCUUGGUGCUCUUCAUCGCCGUGGGGGUCCCAAAGUCCGACCGAACCACUGUCCACAAAAACCUGAUCGUGGCACUGGCCGUGGCACAGCUGCUGCUCAUGUGCAGUGACAAGGCUUCAGCCAAUGAGGUGGUGUGCUUCUUGGUGACCGCCCUGCUCCACCUCUUUUACAUGGCUUCGUUCUCGUGGAUGCUGGUGGAGGGGCUGCUGCUCUGGAGUAAAGUGGUCUCUGUCAACAUCAACGAGGACAGAAGAAUGAAGGUCUACUACGUCAUCGGCUGGGGACUUCCUGUUCUGAUCGUGGGCGUCACACUGGCUGUAUCAGUGGACGAGUACAAGGCAGAGGAACACUGCUGGCUUAAUGUGAAGAACGACACUAUUUGGGCCUUUGUGGGACCUGUAGUUUUUGUCCUAGCGGUCAACUCUGUGGUCCUUUGUCGCGUCGUCAUGGUGACCGUCUCCAGCGCUCGGCGACGGACUAAGAUGCUGAGCCCGAGUUCUGCGACCAAGAUGCAGACCUUCGACCUUACGUGGGCUGUGACCCGCCCUGUGCUGAUCCUGCUUCCAGUUCUGGGACUCACCUGGCUGUGCGGGGUCCUGGUGCACCUGUCUGUAGUGGUGGCUUAUGUCUUCAUCGCUCUCAACGCUUUCCAGGGCCUGUAUAUUUUCCUGGUCUAUGCCGUAUACAACAGUGAGGUGAGGAAUGCCAUCAAGAGGAUUAAAGAAAAGAGGAAGGCCUUAUCUUUCACUAACUGUUCCCAGCCUAGCAGUUUCUUGCCCUCCCAACGUGCCCCUGUGACCUCAUGGGGGCGCUAUCCUCCCAUUCCCUCCAGCCCAGAGACCAGUGAGACCUCUGCCCCCCCCAGCUCUGCAUCUACAUCUCUGGUCAUCAAGAAUGAAAGUUUCAGAAAUGAGAGUUUUGUCAGUUUUUCUAUAAGACCGUCAUUGGGAAAUCAAGUGGUUCAGCUGACGGGAUUCAAACCAUCAGGUUGUUGAGCCACAAACGUCGAGGAGAAGUCUGGUACUGUAAAUAUUUGUCUCACGGAGAGGCAAGGAAGUAGUGGACGAAGCCUUUG